UCCGGUGUACAGGUCGGAGCGGACCCCUCUUCCCCUUAGACUGGUCUAAACUGGUCUGCUGAUCGUGUCCACACAGCACAAAUGGAUCACUAAACCUCUGCUGACAGCUGUAGCUCAUGCUUUACCGCUGCGGCUCCACAGAACAUGAGUGAUUUCAGAAGCUGACAUCCUCUCUUUUCACUGGAAACCGGUUUGUACGGCACUGUUGGUUUCUUCAGCAGGAGGUUCGCCUUUACUCACCCCAUGUUCCUUCGCCAGUUGAGCCCCUUCGGCUCCUCUUUCCUUCCCCGAAGCCGUCAAGCUCUGUACGGCGCCGGCUUCAGGAGUGGUGGUGCUUCUUCUACAUCUGCCUACCUCCAUCAUUUUGUCCCCGCUCCCCAUCCAUGGUGGUCUGGGCAAGGAUUUCCUCCCUGGCCUCCUCGACUUCUCCACCCAGCAGCUCCACAGGUUUUUUCUGGAAGGACAGUACGAACUGCGAACGGCAACACAGGUAACUUUGGAGGUAGUUGGUGUUCGUUCUACACCUCAGCAGGGCUCAUGAUGGAGCGGCCCGAUAGGGACAGAGAACCUCCACACAAACGGAGAAAGAGUGCAGAAGGACACAAAGGAGGAGGAGCACCAGCGAGCAAGGAGGGAGGUGCAAAAGGGGAGUACCAUCAUACUCCGGACCACCAUAGGGACUUUGGGCAUCAACCAAACCAUCAACACAAAGACAGAAGUCGAGACAAAGGGGAAAAUGGAUCUGGAAAAGACUUCAGUAGAGAAAAGAGCAGAGAUAAAAAUGUAGAAAGGACUAAAUCCGGAGACAGAUCCACUCAGAAUGAAACCCAGAACAAAGGCAGGACUUUACAUCAUCACCACUGGCAUAAAAGUUCUCAACCUGCAGAAUCCAGGACUCAAACCACCAAGUCCAAACCUGAGCAAGAUGCAGUUUGUGCUCACAAACCCAGACCGAACCCCUGGUUCAAAGGCAAGAGUGCAGACCAGCAGGGACGGCCUGAGGGCAGCAGUGGAGGUCAGUUUGCAGCCCUCCCAACUCAGCCUCGACACCCUGGUUUUCCUCCUAAUGCAUGGCAGGUGGUAGGAGCAGGACGGCAGCCACCUCCACCUGGAACAUGUGCACCUGACAGAAAACCAGAUCCCGUUCAAGUGAAACCUCUUCAAAGACAGUGGGAGGCCUCUCCUGCCUGCAGUGCUGAUGUGGAGCCACCAGGGGUCAGCAAAGCCUUCGACUUCUCUGUAAUGUCUUACAACAUCUUGUCUCAGGAUCUGCUGCUGGAUAACUCCUACCUGUAUCGACACUGUAACCCCGGUGUCCUGCCCUGGGAAUACAGACUGCCCAACCUGCUGAAGGAGAUCCAACAGCACAAUGCUGAUAUUCUGUGUCUUCAAGAAGUCCAGGAGGACCACUUUGUAAACCAGAUUAAACCUGCUCUACUGGCUCUAGGUUACCAGUGUGAAUACAAGAAGCGAACUGGGAGGAAACCAGACGGUUGUGCCAUUGUCUUCAAAACAUCCCGCCUCUCGCUUGUCUCCUCCAAUCCCGUUGAGUUUUUCCGCCCCGGUGACACCCUCCUGGACCGUGACAACGUGGGGCUGGUUCUUCUGCUCCAACCUAAAGAUGCCACAUGCCAAUCAGAUCCCUCCGCCUCCAUUUGCGUCGCCAACACUCACCUGCUGUACAACCCUCGUCGCGGGGACAUCAAACUGGCCCAGCUGGCUAUUCUAUUGGCCGAGAUCCACCGAUUGACCCGCCUUCCAGAUGGAUCCACCAGUCCCGUUUUGCUGUGUGGGGAUUUUAACUCCACCCCCUGCAGUCCGCUCUACAGCUUCCUGACCACAGGCUGCCUGGAUUACACAGGACUCCAGAUCGGCAUGGUUUCUGGUCAGGAGUCAAGUCCCAGAGGUCAGCGUCUCCUCACUUCUCCGAUCUGGUCUCGCAGUUUAGGAAUCAGUCGGUCAUGUCAGUACGAGAGUAAACCUGUUGAGUCCAAUCCCACCAGUCCCACAGUAGAAGGAGCCAUCUCUAAUCUGACAGUAGAAGAUCUGGCCAACAAAGCUGCUGCUUCUUAUAACAGAGCAACGAUCGAACACAGUCUGAAACUGCAGUCGUCAUACCGGCACAGACUGAUGCCUGAUGGGAGACCAGAGAUCACCACAUGCCACUCCCGCACCGCCGUGACCGUGGAUUACAUCCUCUACACACCUGAAUUCACCACUCCUCCUCCUUCGUCUUCUUCUUCGUCACUUCCUGGUGGGCGUGGCCUCCAGCUGCUGGGCAGGCUGUCAUUGGUUGGCCAGCCGGAGCUGGAGGAGGUCAAUGGGCUCCCCAAUCAGAGUCACUCAUCCGACCACUUGCCUCUUCUCACUCGCUUCCGAUUUCGGUGCUGAUCGUCACAGCAACGCAGGGAAAAGUAUCGUUCACCAUGAGAUGUUUGAGACUCAAAGGGAUUCGUAAAACUGAGAAACCUCAUGUCCUUUAACUUUACUAAAAUAAACUUUACAUAAACAUAAAUAUGGUACAGUUUGAUUUUACAGUUUGCUUUUAAGCAAAUACAUCAGAAUUAGUAGUCUUUUAUUUAAGACUUUAAGAUUAAAAGAGAUUAAUGAUAUUUCAAGUGCAAAACCCAAAUGUGUAACUUUAAUGUAAAAUAAAAAAAAAAAACUAAUUUUUUUGCUUUCAAUCCAGACUUACAAUUCAUCACAUCAUAUUUUUCCAUAAUCAUUUUAUCAGUAUUUAGGCUUUUUGUGGUAACUGCUAAAAGCCAAUAAAUACUUUUUUAUGAGUAAUCUUAACAUUUAAUUUAAUUCAUAAGGUUUUCAUAUCUGUAGAGACGUUGAAAGAGUAUUUUGUUGUUCAAAGAAUCACCAAAUUGUUGAAAAUGGUUUUACCACUAAGUAACCAGUUUAGAAGGUUUUUGGUUUUGAGUCAGUGAAGGGAUUUGUUUUAAAUAAAUUCUUUUAAAGCUUGAAUAUCAUCACUUGAAGUUGAUUUGCUGCUCAUAAGAUGAAAAGGUACUUGAUAAUAUAGUUUUGCUGUGACAGUAAUCUGUUGACAGGAGUAAGUGAAGGUCAGUGUGUGUGAUUUAAGGAGAUUUGCAGGAUUGGUUAAUGAUAAAAAUAAGAACUGUUGUGUUUUUAUCUCAAUGGCAUUAUCCACAACAGUAGCUCAAAACUGUUUUAUGGCAGAUGGAAUCCAUUCUUAUAGUCCAGUUUGAGUGUGGACCACAGUUAAUAUAUACAUUUAACCUAAAAGCCCAGAAUGGACAAAACAAGCAGGUUCUAACAAGAAACAAUAUGGUUUUGAGAGGAGGAUGUAGCGGGAGUAAUCUGUUUAUUUGUAAUAUGUAACUUCACCACUAGAAGUCACUAAUAUCACAAACUGAAACUUUUAAAGCUUCUUCUCACAGUUGAUUUAGAGGAAUAAUUCUUAUUCUGUACAUAAAUCAAAGUGAUGGCCAGAAUAAAUGUGUUUUAGGGGAAAAUGCAGGUUAUAUUAUAAAAGUUGGAGAUAAGAAAAUGCAAGGAAAUAAUCAGUUCAUAUCUCAUGUUCGUCAGUGUGGAAGUUGCACUUGUUUUAUUGUCUCAAAGUUGCCAAAAUUCAUCAAACAUUGUACUUUUCUCAAAUACAUGUAACUGUUUUAAAAAUAAUCACUUAAUAUUAAUUACAAGACAUUGCAAAAGUGUAUUUUUAUCAGCAGUUCAAGUUCUCUGUUAAUAAAAGAAUGUAUUGUCUGCUCUACUGCUAAACCACAUGAUCUCAUAGACACUGUUCCUCAUUUCACACGCGUGCAUAAAUCAAAAACAUAACUGUACUGGAUAUAUUUUUGUAGCACUUUGAACAGAGAUGAUGUUUACAGUUUGUAAAUAAAGAACCUGAGUUUUUA